AUGGCGGAAUGGUUCAUAAGACAGCAUGUAGAGGACGAUCAUGUAGAGGACGAUCAUGUAGAUAACAAUCAUGUAGAGGACGAUCAUGUAGAGGACGAUCAUGUAGAGGACUAUCAUGUAGAUAACAAUCAUGUAGAGGACGAUCAUGUAGAGGACGAUCAUGUAGAUAACAAUCAUGUAGAGGACGAUCAUAUAGAGGACGAUAAUGUAGAGGACUAUCAUGUAGAGGAAUAUCAUGUAGAGGAAUAUCAUGUAGAGGACGAUCAUGUAGAGGACGAUCAUGUAGAGGACUAUCAUGUAGAGGACGAUCAUGUAGAGGACGACCAUGUAGAGGACUAUCAUGUAGAGGACUAUCAUGUAGAGGACGAUCAUGUAGAGGACGAUCAUGUAGAGGACUAUCAUGUAGAGGACUAUAAUGUAGAGGACGACCAUGUAGAGGACUAUCAUGUAGAGGACUAUCAUGUAGAGGACGAUCAUGUAGAGGACGAUCAUGUAGAGGACGAUCAUGUAGAGGACGAUCAUGUAGAGGACGAUCAUGUAGAGGACGAUCAUGUAGAGGACGAUCAUGUAGAGGACUAUCAUGUAGAGGACGAUCAUGUAGAGGACGAUCAUGUAGAGGACGAUCAUGUAGAGGACGAUCAUGUAGAGGACGAUCAUGUAGAGGACGAUCAUGUAGAGGACUAUCAUGUAGAGGACGAUCAUGUAGAGGACGAUCAUGUAGAGGACGAUCAUGUAGAGGACUAUCAUGUAGAGGACGAUCAUGUAGAGGACGAUCAUGUAGAGGACGAUCAUGUAGAGGACGAUCAUGUAGAGGACGAUCAUGUAGAGGACGAUCAUGUAGAGGACGAUCAUGUAGAGGACGAUCAUGUAGAGGACUAUCAUGUAGAGGACGAUCAUGUAGAGGACGAUCAUGUAGAGGACUAUCAUGUAGAGGACGAUCAUGUAGAGGACGAUCAUGUAGAGGACUAUCAUGUAGAGGACUAUCAUGUAGAGGACGAUCAUGUAGAGGACGAUCAUGUAGAGGACUAUCAUGUAGAGGACGACCAUGUAGAGGACGAUCAUGUAGAGGACUAUCAUGUAGAGGACUAUCAUGUAGAGGACUAUCAUGUAGAGGACGAUCAUGUAGAGGACGAUCAUGUAGAGGACGAUCAUGUAGAGGACGAUCAUGUAGAGGACGAUCAUGUAGAGGACUAUCAUGUAGAGGACGAUCAUGUAGAGGACGAUCAUGUAGAGGACGAUCAUGUAGAGGACGAUCAUGUAGAGGACUAUCAUGACGAUCAUGUAGAGGACGAUCAUGUAGAGGACGAUCAUGUAGAGGACUAUCAUGUAGAGGACGAUCAUGUAGAGGACGAUCAUGUAGAGGACGAUCAUGUAGAGGACGAUCAUGUAGAGGACUAUCAUGUAGAGGACUAUCAUGUAGAGGACGAUCAUGUAGAGGACUAUCAUGUAGAGGACGAUCAUGUAGAGGACGAUCAUGUAGAGGACGAUCAUGUAGAGGACGAUCAUGUAGAGGACUAUCAUGUAGAGGACGAUCAUGUAGAGGACGAUCAUGUAGAGGACGAUCAUGUAGAGGACUAUCAUGUAGAGGACGAUCAUGUAGAGGACGAUCAUGUAGAGGACGAUCAUGUAGAGGACGAUCAUGUAGAGGACUAUCAUGUAGAGGACGAUCAUGUAGAGGACGAUCAUGUAGAGGACGAUCAUGUAGAGGACGAUCAUGUAGAGGACUAUCAUGUAGAGGACGAUCAUGUAGAGGACGAUCAUGUAGAGGACGAUCAUGUAGAGGACGAUCAUGUAGAGGACGAUCAUGUAGAGGACGAUCAUAGGACUCAUGUAGAGGACGACCCUGUAGAGGACUAUCAUGUAGAGGACGAUCAUGUAGAGGACUAUCAUGUAGAGGACGAUCAUGUAGAGGACUAUCAUGUAGAGGACGAUCAUGUAGAGGACUAUCAUGUAGAGGACGAUCAUGUAGAAGACGAUCAUGUAGAGGACGAUCAAGUAGAAGACGAUCAUGUAGAGGGCGAUCAUGUAGAAGACGAUCAUGUAGAGGACGAUCAUGUAGAGGACGAUCAUGUAGAGAAUGAUGGUGAUGAAGAAGUUGAUGAAUAA